GGGCUGGGCAGCUGCAGGAGGGGAUGUGGUUUGCUGGGCGUUGCAGGGAGCUGGCUUUGCUCUGACCACAGUAGAUUUGGCCUGGAGAUUGCAGAGAAACCAUCUGAUGGGGCGGAAAGGGGCCGAGUGCAUCACGGGCUUCCUGGGGCUGCAGCCCCCGGUGCAGUUCCUCAUUCCGCUCGCACUCGGGCCUCAGGCUGGGUGGAGCUCGGCACCGGGGUGUUAGUGGCAGCCCUGAGGGGUCCCCACUGCCCCAUCAUGGCAUCUGCUCUCACCGUCCUCCUCCUCGGUGAGUAUCGGAGACAGCCAGGGUGUGUGCCCAUAAGGUGGGAUCUGAGACCAGGACGUGUGUCCAUAAGGUGGGAUCUGAGACCAGGGCUGGUGUCCAUGGGGGGGAUGUGGGACCAGGGUGUAGGAUCCAGGUGCUCUGGGAUCUGGUCCCUAACACCAAUUUCCUUUUCAGGCUGCUCUCUGGCCGGGCACAGCUGGGUGUUGGGAGCAGGGCAAGAAUUUCCCAAACCCACCAUCUGGGUGAGCCCCAGCAGGGCGGUGGCGCUCGGGGGAAACGUCACCAUCCGCUGUGCGGGUUUGUACCCGGGCAUGGAGUUCUUUCUGCGUAAAGCUGGAGACCCAAAUCCACAGGUGCGGACGGUGCCUGAUGGGACCGUGGCUGAAUUUCCCAUCGCCAAUGUCAGCCGGGAAGAUCGAGGGAGCUACACCUGCGACUAUCACUCCAUAGUGGAACAGAAUCGCACAUCGCAUCCCAGUGACUCCAUUGAGGUCAUUGUAGGAGAGCCCAGCUACCCCAAACCCAGCAUCUACCUGAGACCCAGCAGGGCGCUCUCCCUGGGGGGAGUCGUGACCGUCUGGUGUCGGGGGCAGCACCGGGGCGUGCGGUUCGUGCUGAAUAAAGAGCGACACCAUUUCCCACCUGUGGAUUCGGACGACAAUGAGGCUGUGUUUCCCAUCAGCAACGUGCGCCGGGAGGACGGCAGGAGCUACAGCUGCUCCUAUCACAGCAGAUCGGAGCCGUUCAACGUGUCGUACCCCAGCGACCCCGUGGAGCUGGUGGUGAGAGAUCCCAGCUUACCCAGACCCUCCAUCUCUCUGAGCCCCACUGGGGUCACCGCCCCAGGGGCAGACGUCACCAUCCGGUGUCAGGGGCAGCGCCGUGACGUGACGUUCUUCCUGCACAAGGCUGGAGACCUGAACCCACCGCGACAGAUGGACCCUGCUGAAGCCGGGGCCGAGUUCCUCAUCCCCACCGUGGGCCGGCAGCACGGAGGGAACUACAGGUGCAGCUACCGGCUCCAAUCAGAGCCCUUCGUCUCCUCGCAGCCCAGUGACCCCGUGCAGCUGGUGGUAGCAGGUGAGGGGCCCGGCUUGACGUCCCCGCUCCCAGCCCCAUCCCCAGCCAGACCCUCGUGGGGGCUCCAUGCUGAUGGGAUGCUCAGAGCCAGGCUGUGUCCUGAGCUCUGGGCCCAGCAGAGGGACGCCCGGCUGCGGAGCGGAGACGGCACAGGUGACCGGUAUAAUAUGGAGCUGCUGCCGAGGGACGCUGGGCUGGUGUCGGGGGCUGGGGGCUGCUCAGGCCUAGCACAGUGCUGGGGUCACUCGGCAUAGCAUGGCUGGGGCUCAGGUCAGUUGGCUGGUGGGGCUGACCCAGGACUGGGG